UGUCUCCAUCUUCCCUCCAUCCCCGAGGGGCCAUGUCUCCAUCCUCCCACCUCUCCCCAUUUACAGAUGGAGAGACACUUUCCCUGUCGCUUCCUCCCCACCUUGUUCUCUCUCUUUCUACUUCUCUCUCCCCUCUUUUUUCCUCUCUUGGCCUCUGCAUCUCUGUGAGUUCUGGAUCUCUGGGCUAGGACCCUAGCCCCUAUAAUGUGUGUGUUGGGGUGGGGGUGGGGGUUGGUAUAGGUCCUUGUCUGCCCCAUAAUAUCCCAGGGGGACAGGGAGGGAGGGAGAAAGAGACAGAUGGAGAGACAUGGGCUGUAGGCCCCCCAGACUCACCUGAGAUGACCCUCAUGCCCAGGUGCCGACAGGAUGACCACAGCAGGAACCCCCUGGGGCUGGUUCCUGGGGUGCCUCCUCCUCAGUGUCACAGGUGAACGACGCUGACAGUCUGUGCCUCUGAGCAUCUGGCGGAGUGACAACUGGUGUGAGGACGCUGUGAGGACGUGGGAACCCCAGGGUGCCGCUCAAAGGGAGACGGUGCUUCUAGGAGAGUCACCCAUUGCUGGGAAUCUGUGCCUGCUUCCAGGGCCCCUCGGGGACUCACGUCCUGGGACGAUGUCUGGGGUCUCUGUGUGAGCCCGCUUGUAGCAGGUGCGACUGUGGAGGAGGUGAGCCGGGGAAGACGCGACUCUGAGGGCCACAGGGAGCGACACUGCCCCCUUGAGCAGCCGGCUGUGUCACCCUUGCCUCUGCCACCCUGUGUGAAGGGGUCUGCUUGUGCUGGGGGACUGUGGCCCCAGACGAUCAUGAGCCUGGCAUGCUGCUUGUGUGUGUGUGUGAGAGAGAGAGAGAGAGAGAGAGACAUGGCAUGUGGGUCCCGGAGGUGGGUGUGACAGACCCAAAGCUCACGCUCCCCCUGACAAGUGACCCUAUCUCCUGUACCCUGAUCUCCGCCUCCUGUGUCCCAACCCACCCCAAGGAACCUGACCCGCCCCCAGGAGAUCUAGCCUCAUCCCCUGAGCCCACCUCCCCAUUCCGGAUACCACCACUAAACACCCGGUCUCUGCCGUCAGGAUCCCAGACUCCACCCCUAGGGCCCUGGCCACGCCCCCGCACCAUGCCCUGGUCCGGCCCCCAGUGCUGUGAUGCCCCCCCCAGGAGCCUUAGUCCCGCCUCCUGAGCCUUCCCCGCUAGCCAUGACCACGCCCCCCUGAACCGAGACUCCACCCCCAGAAGGUUUGGUUCCACCCUGAGCCCACCUCCCAGUCCUGACUCUGUCCACGAAGCCCUGCCCACGCCCCUACACCAUAACCCCGCCCCCAGGAGCUCUGGCUCCGCCCUGAGCCCGCCUCCCGGUCCUGUCUCUGUCCAGGAAGCCCUGACCACGCCCGUGCGGCAUGGUCACGCCCCAGGAGUCCGGGCCCCGCCCUUACACCGUAACCCCGCCCCCAAAAGCCUGGCUCCACCCGGAGCCCACCUCCCAGCCAUGACUGUCCACGAAGCCCCGACCACGCCCCUGCAUUGUGACCACGCCCCCAGGAGCCCUGGUUCCCCACUCAGCCCGCCCCCAGCCCUGACUCCGCCCCCAGGAUGCCUGGCCUCCAUGGGCCGGAUCAUCAACGGCGAAGACUGCAGCCCUUACUCGCAGCCCUGGCAGGCCGCACUGUUCACGGAAGAGGAGUUCUUCUGCGGGGGCGUCCUGGUGCACCCGCAAUGGGUGCUGUCGGCCGCGCACUGUUUUCAGAACUCCUACACCAUCGGGCUCGGCCUGCACAGCCUUGAGGACAACCACGAAGAAGGCAGCUGCAUGAUGGACGCCAACCUCUCCAUACAGCACCCAGAGUACAACAAGCCCUUUUUAGCCAACGACCUCAUGCUCAUCAAGUUGAAAGAAUCGGUGAUCCAGUCUGCCACCAUCCGCAACAUCAGCAUCGCCUCCCAGUGCCCCACCCCUGGGGAUUCUUGCCUCGUCUCGGGCUGGGGUCUGCUGAAGAACGGCAGCCAGCCCAACGUGCUCCAGUGCGUGAAUAUCUCGGUGGUGUCUGAGGAGAGCUGCAGUGCGCACUAUGACGCCUUGUACCACCCCAGCAUGUUCUGCGCUGGCGGAGGACAGGACCAAAAGGACUCCUGCAAAGGUGACUCUGGGGGCCCUGUGGUCUGCAACGGGUACCUGCAGGGCCUCGUGUCUUUCGGACAAGCCCAGUGUGGCCAACCCUACGUUCCAGGCGUCUACACCAACCUCUGCAAGUUCACGGACUGGAUCCAGAAAACCAUCCAGGCCAGUUAACUCCUGGGGCUGGGACCACUGAAACUGAACCCCCGAAUAUAUGCAGCUGAAGGAAUUCAGGAACCUGAGUUCGUAGUGCCUUUCUCCAUCAGACCCUGGAGUCUAGACCCCCAGCCCCCUCCUCGCUCAGCCCCAGGAAUCCAAUCCCACCAAGUCUUUUCCUGUCCACAGCGCCCCCUGGUGGCACAAUGUUGACCAGCCUUACCAGUGGUAGAGAAAGUUGGUUUUUCACCUUUUUUUGUUCCUUCCCCUAAGUCCAGAAAUAAAGUCUAAGGAAGCACGGGCUCCGUUCGAACUGUCCUCCUUGCUUCCAUUCCCAUUCAAAGGACUCCAGCAAAUAGCUUUUCUUCCUUGGGCCUUGGUUUCCCCAUCUGGGAAAUGGGAGUCUUGACCAGAAGGGCCCAGGGUCCCAAAGGAAGGAGACAUACCAAGGAGGUUAAGAGAAAUGGAUUCUGUGCACGUUGUCCAAUUUCUGAAAA